UAGAAAAGUUUCAAGGGUUCUUUGCUGAUGUGCCUUCAGUAAAGUGCAGACAUGGCCUCUGCAGAUGCUGAGUUAGCUUGCUUUGGGGAGGCGGCUCCUUACCUCCGAAAAUCGGAGAAGGAGAGAAUUGAGGCCCAGAACAAGCCUUUUGAUGCCAAGACAUCUGUCUUUGUGGCUCAUCCUAAAGAAUCCUUUGUGAAAGGCAAAAUUGAGAGCAGGGAAUCAGGCAAAGUCACUGUCAAGACUGAAGCGGGAGAGACUCUGACUGUGAAAGAAGAUCAAAUCUUCUCCAUGAACCCUCCCAAGUAUGACAAAAUCGAGGACAUGGCCAUGAUGACCCACCUCCACGAACCCGCAAACUCAGAAAUGGCUGACAAGGCUGCCUACCUAACGGGCCUUAACUCAGCUGAAUUUCUCAAGGCCUUGUGUUACCCUCGAGUCAAGGUUGGGAAUGAAUACGUGACCAAAGGUCAAAACGUGACACAGGUGAACAACGCUGUGGGUGCCCUGGCAAAGGCUGUGUUUGAGAAGAUGUUCCUGUGGAUGGUUGUUCGCAUUAACCAACAGCUGGACACGAAGCAGCCCAGGCAGUACUUCAUUGGUGUCCUGGACAUUGCUGGCUUUGAGAUCUUUGAUUUCAACAGCUUUGAGCAGCUGUGCAUCAACUUCACCAAUGAGAAACUGCAACAGUUCUUCAACCACCACAUGUUCGUGCUGGAGCAGGAGGAGUACAAGAAGGAGGGGAUUGAAUGGGAGUUCAUUGACUUUGGCAUGGACCUGGCUGCCUGCAUUGAGCUCAUUGAGAAGGUACCUUUCCCAUGCAAGCCUAUGAUGGCUGUUGCCAUUCUGUGGUAUUUCUGAGGUACAGUCAGUUCAG